UCGGUCCCCGCGGCGGCGGCGGCGGCGGCGGCGGCUGCCCAGUGACAGCGGCGGCGGCACCAGGCCGGCCGUAGUAGCUUAGGGUCGUGCUGCCCGGAGACUCACACGGGCCGAAGGGCGGCGCGGCGCGAGGAGGGCCAGAGCCGGGUCGCGCGGGAGGAGACCUCGCGGGCGCCGGGCGAAAAGGCCGGCGUGAGGGAGCGCGGAGGCAGUGGCCGCCGGCGGCCCGGACCCGCCUGUCCUCGCGGCCGCCGCCGGCAUGAGCCACAUCCAGAUCCCGCCGGGGCUCACGGAGCUGCUGCAGGGCUACACCGUGGAGGUGCUGCGGCAGCAGCCGCCGGACCUGGUCGACUUCGCGGUGGACUACUUCACCCGCCUGCGCGAGGCCCGCUCGCAGCCCGCCAGCCCGCCCGCCGCCCCUCCUUCCGGCUCCCAGGGUCUGGAGCCCGGCGCUGGCCUGGUCGCCGACGCGAAGGCGGACACCGAGUCGGAGGACGACGAGGACCUGGAUGUUCCAAUUCCUGGCAGAUUUGAUCGGCGAGUAUCAGUGUGUGCUGAGACCUAUAACCCUGAUGAGGAAGAGGAAGAUACUGAUCCAAGGGUGAUUCAUCCUAAAACUGAUCAACAGAGAUGCAGACUUCAGGAGGCUUGCAAAGAUAUUCUCCUUUUCAAAAAUCUUGAUCAGGAACAACUGUCUCAAGUCCUUGAUGCCAUGUUUGAAAGGACAGUCAAAGCUGAUGAGCAUGUCAUCGACCAAGGAGAUGAUGGAGAUAACUUCUAUGUCAUAGAACGGGGAACCUAUGAUAUUUUAGUAACAAAAGAUAAUGAAACUCGCUCUGUCGGUCAGUAUGACAACCAUGGCAGUUUUGGAGAACUUGCUCUGAUGUACAACACCCCGAGAGCUGCUACUAUUGUCGCCACUUCGGAAGGCUCCCUUUGGGGACUGGACCGUGUGACUUUUAGAAGAAUCAUAGUGAAAAACAAUGCAAAAAAGAGAAGGAUGUUUGAAUCAUUUAUUGAGUCUGUGCCCCUCCUUAAAUCACUAGAGGUGUCAGAACGAAUGAAGAUUGUGGAUGUAAUAGGAGAGAAGGUCUAUAAGGAUGGGGAGCGCAUAAUCACGCAGGGCGAAAAGGCUGAUAGCUUCUACAUUAUAGAGUCUGGGGAGGUGAGCAUCCUGAUCAGAAGCAAGACUAAAGCCAACAAGGAUGGCGGGAACCAGGAGGUUGAGAUUGCCCGUUGCCACAAGGGGCAGUACUUUGGAGAGCUUGCGCUGGUCACCAACAAACCCAGAGCUGCUUCGGCUUACGCAGUGGGAGAUGUCAAAUGCUUAGUGAUGGAUGUACAAGCAUUUGAGAGGCUUCUGGGGCCCUGCAUGGACAUCAUGAAGAGGAACAUCUCCCACUACGAGGAACAGCUGGUGAAGAUGUUUGGCUCCAGCCUGGAUCUGAUUGACCCCGGGCAGUAGGUGUGCCACACCCCAGAGCCUUCUCAGUGUGACACCAAAACCUUCCGGUCAGCCACAGAACACACACGCAAGACAGACACGACAGAACCGUUCCUGCUGUUGCCCCCGCCGCUGCCAUUGCUAUGGCCAUGGGCAUUUAGAAAACUUGAAAGUCAGCACUAAAAGAUGGGCAGAGGUUCAACCCACACCUCCUCCACUUUGCUUCUGAAAGCCCAUUAUUAGACCACUCGUAACGAUUAUUCCAACCCAGCUGUCACAUCUUUGGUUCAAAAUGGCAUGUCUCUCCAACAGUUUAAGUGCCUGAUACCAAGUCCACAGCGUCAUCAUGUUCCUUUCCUCUCUGGCUGCUACUGUUGCUGUUGAACGUCAUCCCAGGUCUGCACAGACCCGUGUUUAACUGUAGACACCCGCCCCUGACCUUUCUCGAGGGAGGAAAUGUUGUAGCCCUUGAUCUUCUUGUUUGUCCUUUGAGAAAGUCCGCAUUUGUUCACACUCAUAGCCUUUGGUUUUACAGUAGAAGAUGGCGGCAGGUAGUAUGAGGUCUGUGGGCCUGAGGCCCUGUACUGUCACCUGACAGCUGCGCCCAUGACAGCUGUCUCCAAACUCCCAGCGAUGCUGAGGGAAAGGCCCUACCCUGGGGCCUAGCGGGUCAGCACCCCAGAGCACACUGAUUGGUCGUGAGGACCCGUGUUAAAGCAGAAAAUCUGGGUUCCACACAUUCUUCAGGUAGCAGAGAGCCAGGGAAGGUUUUCUGGGUUGGGGGUUUUGGUUUGUUCUAUUUUGAUUUAGUAGAUUUUAUUUUGUUUUAUUUAAUCUCUGUGCGGUUUGCCUGAGUGAACUACUGUCCAUUUCUGAGAAGCCAGAGUCUGGAUGUGCCAUCACUUUAUCUGACCCAAAUACUUCCCUGGGCAACUCCUGCCAUCUCGUUUCCAGUUGCCCCACCAGCCGAUAAUGGCAGUUUGCCAGCAAGAGGUCGUACUACAAAGAGAGCCCUUUCCUUCUACUCCAAUGUCGUUACCUAGCUUUGCUGUUGAACUAUCAAUUUUUAAACUCUUUAAAGAAGCAGCUGUUUUUUUGAAAUUAAAA